GCGAUGGCGCUAACUCUGUUUUAGUUAUAAAUAUAUGCAUUGAAUGGAUGAAGGAAACGUUGUUGUUAUAAACGAUUCUAGCGACACCACACCUACGUCACAAUUAAGUGAUACAAUAAACAUCAUGGAAAGCGAGGAAGAGUUUGAAAUGAGCAAACAGGAUGACAUACCAUUUCUUGACCUUGAUCCUUCACCAAGCCCACCAAAGAAAUCGAAGACAGACGAACGUUCAAAAUUACAGAUGAAAUCAACUAUCCAACGUGUUCCAGAAGCUGAAGAUGGUGAAAUUGUUUCUAGUCCUGAACUCGAUGCUGCUGAUGUUGAAAUAAAAAUACAUGCUGAGGUUACAUCCAGUGAGGAAUCAGAAGUAGAAGAAACACCAAAAGAACCUGUGAGUAAAAAACAAACUGUUGCUGCAGUUGUGGAUAAAAAAGAAAAAGAAGAAGAAGAAGAGGUCGAGAUUGAUCAUUUAGAAAUCAACACACCACAACAACAGGAAAUUAAAAAAAUCAAAUCAAAAACCUCUUGUGAUAAUGACAAAAAAAGUCCUAAAAAAUACAAUUCACCAGAAAAAGACCGCUCCUCUCACAAGGGUAAGCACAGCCCAAGAGAGGAUCAAAGCAGGAAACGCCCCUAUGAUAUUUUUGAUGAACGGCGUGGAAGUCGUUCUGAUACGGAACUUGAUGAUAGACAUCGCAGAGUAGAGAGGAGAAAUGAUCACCCUGAUGACUUGCGUAAGCAUCUAUUGAAACGGAUUGGUAGUGAACAGAAGCUGAAAGAUACAAGAGAGCGUGGUUCUCUGCAUGAUCGAAGCAAGGACUCUAAUCGCAGUAAGGAUAGAGAAAGGUCAAGGGAACAUUCUAAGCAGAAAGAAAACUAUGAAAGUAAAAAUAGAGACUCAAAACGAGAAAGUAAUGAUUAUAAAAAGAAAUCAUCAAAAGAAAAACAUAAAAAUUCACCGUCUGAUAUAGAGGGUGAGAAAAAUCCUAAAAAAGAUGACAUUUCGAAAAAAGACAAAUCUAAAUCACGUAGAGCAGAAGAAAAGUCUAGAAAGAAAAAGAAAAGAAAACAUAGAAGUGAGGAGGAGAGACCUGAAGUGGAGGAAAAGAAGUCUGUAGAAACAAUCCCAAUUAAAAAAUCGCCCGUUCCUGAGAAGAUACAAUCAAAAGAAACUUCGUAUGAUGACAUAUCAUCAGAUGCAUCAGCACACUCCUCACCAGAAAAAAUCGAAAAGUCUCCAUCAAGUCCAGAACAGUCUCCUGAACAAGUAGCUGAACUCUCUUCCGCCUCUUCCAUCAGCAAUACCCCAAGUCGUUCACCUACUCCUGAACGCUCCCCAACGCCUGAGCGCUCACCCACUCCUCAAAGAAAAAGAUCGUAUUUUCCUGCUAUUGAAGGGUGUAGAAAUGUGGAGGAGUUCACCUGGUUAAAUCGUAUCGAAGAAGGUACCUAUGGUGUUGUAUACAGAGCUAAGGACAAGUACACAGAUAAAAUUGUAGCUUUAAAAAGAUUAAAAAUGGAGCGAGAAAAAGAAGGAUUCCCUAUAACUUCAUUAAGAGAGAUAAACACACUGUUAAAAGCGCAACAUCCAAAUAUUGUGACUGUUAGAGAGAUAGUUGUUGGUAGUAAUAUGGAUAAGAUAUACAUUGUCAUGGAUUAUGUGGAACACGAUUUAAAAUCACUCAUGGAAACAAUGACACAGCCUUUUCUUGUCGGCGAAGUGAAGACGUUAAUGUCACAGCUAUUACGUGGUGUGAGGCACAUGCAUGAUAACUGGAUUUUACAUCGAGAUAUUAAAGCAUCCAAUUUACUGCUAAGUCAUAAAGGAAUACUAAAGAUAGGAGAUUUCGGUUUAGCCAGAGAGUAUGGUUCCCCACUAAAGAAAUAUACAUCAAUCGUUGUCACAUUGUGGUACCGUGCUCCAGAACUACUGCUAGGUGCAAAGGAAUACAGCACUGCUAUAGACUUGUGGAGUGUUGGUUGUGUCUUUGCAGAACUAUUAACAAUGAAACCUCUGUUUCCUGGCAAGUCAGAAAUUGAUCAGAUUAAUCGUAUAUUCAAGGAGUUAGGCACGCCAAAUGAUCGCAUUUGGCCAGGACCACCAGCGUAUUCUGAGCAUCCGCAAGUUAAGAAGAUAAAUAUAGCUGAACAUCCAUAUAACAUGUUGAGACAACGUUUUGGUGCUACUUUGACAGACAAAGGAUUCGAGUUAAUGAACAGGCUUCUAACAUACGAUCCAGCCAAACGCCUGACCGCAGAUGAGUCUCUUGCACACCCCUACUUCAAGGAAUCUCCAUUACCUGUCGACCCUUCCAUGUUUCCUACUUGGCCAGCAAAAAGUGAACUCGGUCACAAAGCGAUAAAGAAGAAUGCAAGUCCAAAACCUCCAGAAGGCGGAGGAGAAUUCCAUCUGGGCGAAGAACAAGGUGGUUUCCACAUGCCAUCAACCAAAAAAGGCUCCUCUGCUAAAGGGCUUGGUUUUAACCUGAAAUUUUAACCAUUGCAACCUAAAAGAUUGUACAGUUUUUUGGAUUUUUAAAUUAUAUUUGUAUUCUCUA